AUGCAGAAGCAAGUCGGCGACAUUCUAUCCUCUGUAACGAUUGUCCGCCACGUAUCUGCACCAUCAAAAGUGCAGGCCCAACUUGGCCUUGAGGCAGAACACACGGCUAGCGAGCAAGUGUUGCAUUGGGAGCUGAACGCAGUGUACACCGCUCCGGGAGCUCGACGAAGGGGCCUGGGAAGAAAAGUGAUAGAGGCAGCGGUCAAAGAGGCGCGAGGCGCUGCUGAUUCCGAAGGCAAACCUUGCCUCAUUACGGUGCUAGUGAAGAAGAAUAAUACCGCUGCCAGAAUCCUGUACGAGAGGGCUGGGUUUCAAGCCCUGGGUGGUGUUGACGGAGAUGAUGCACUGCGGCUGUUUCUCUGGACGGCUCGCUCGACGUAG